UCCAGAGGAAACGUGGCACGAGCCACACUGAGCAUCACACUACCUUAUUGGCUGGUUCACUUCGGAUGGAUGCAGGCCAACACUACUGACCUACAAAGAGUCUUCGCACACACUUUUUCUUGUGCACAACAGUUAAGCAGUCGAGCAGUGAAGACGUUCGCGCGACGAUCACAUUUCUUUCAGUUCUCUCCCUCGUGUUACCAUCGAGUAUCAUAUAUAUUCAUUCGUCAAGUUGAUAUUGAUCGAUCAACCCAUGGUGGCCGCAUUUAAUGCGUAUGGCGAAGAUUUUCUUGUGGCCUCUAUAAUUAAGUGAUCACUCUCCGUAUGUGAUUUGUCUAGUAGUGCCUUCCUGAACAGUGACGAAAGAUGAUGUGUAUCAAUGAGUGAUCGCCAUUAGAUCUCCUUAAAGGAAUCUAUAGAUUAUUAUUUAUUCAACUUGAUAAAUUAAGAGAAUUGUCUGACAAAAAGUGAAUUUUAAAUAAUUGAUUUUUUUUCUCUGUGCAAGAUCACUGAAAAAUUUAUUUAGUGAUCUUCUCGAUCGUUUGCAUCUUCAGUUGAUCGAGCGAAAGAAAGAGGAUAAAUGGAUUUCGGAAGAAGUGGCACAAAUAUCUUCCUGAUAUUUGUUACAGUAGCACCUCUGACUGUUUUUGCAUAUGGAUUUGAUGCUGCUGCAUCAUGUGGACCAAAAGCAUCACGACGAGGACGUGCACAACUCCUCACAGCAAUUCCAUGUGAUCUCACCACACAGAGCUACUGCAACCUCCCAGGAACCGCCUAUCCAUGGCAUGCAGUACGGCAGUUUGUACAUGAAAAUCAAGGAUUAAUGCGCCGGAUGUACGGAGACAUAAAGCACAUAUCCGUAUUGCGAACUGAAAUUGAGAAUAAUGACAUCGAAUUGGCAGAUAUUGAGCUGGCUGCAUCACGGUACUCUCGGCGUGGAGAUCGAAAGUCCAAAUAUCUCUACGCUGACUACCAGAGUUCACUAAAUAGCAAGGGUAAUGAUGUUGUCUUCAUGGAGCCACACUUCAGACCAACAUCAACAACAACGUCAACCACAACGACAACCACUGAAUCUACUCCAAGUGCAACUAGUGACCAAUUCAGAAAUAAGUACGAUAUUGUGGAUGUAGAUGACGAGGCGGAGAUCAAUAGUGUGUACGAAAAUGCAACUGAGGAAGAUCAACGGGAUACAAUCAAGAUUGUUCAAGCACCAAAUCUCUCAAAUGCUACUCUGGAAUCUUCCACCAUUUCAAGCAUACUUAAAAUCACAAAAUCUGAUGGGGAAGACUUCACAACGACUACCACCAUGUUUGACAACACCGACCCCGCUCGGACGGACUUUCCGGAAAAUAUCAAUGAUCGCAUAGACGACGAUAUCCAAGUUGAGGAAGAUAGUGAAGGUGUUGUGGAUAUCAAGGAAACACUCAAACAAAAUGAAGCUACGGCAAAUUAUUUUGGAACAACAAAGCCUGAUAAGAAGUCCACAGCGAAACCCAUGGAAAGUCAACUAUUUCAGGAUACUGUACAGAAGGAGCCGCCAAUUGUGAACAUGAGAGGAGUAAACGCUUGUCCUGUAAAAGAAGAAGUAGUUGCUCCUUUUUGGGCAAAUAACACAAGAGGUGAAGUUCUCGCUUUGCUCAACCUCUACCCAUUUGAGCAGUACGUCCAUUGGGAAAAGUGCACGCACGAACAUAAGCAGAUGUACUGUCGUGAGGGCUGUCGUUGUGAGCAGCAAUAUCGACUUCAUCGUCUUCUCGCCUACGAUCCUCACAAUGAAUGUCGCGGCAUCUUCUCUGAUUGGUUUCGCUUUCCUUCCUGUUGCAUUUGCAAAUGUUACGACAUCCCCGGGGAUUAUCGUGUGACAUCACGUAGUCCACGAUCACCUGUUCUCAAGUCGAUUGAGAGGGCAAAAAAUGAGUUACAGCGUGCCGUCUACGGACAUGCAACGGAAGAUUGGUAUCACCAUCGAAUGGAUGAUGGGCUUCAUGAUGAAUUUGACUAGCAAUGGAGAAUACACAAAUGGGAGUGAUUUCGAUGCUCUUUAUAGAAAAGUUUCAGUCGUAAGGAUAUCCUCCCGAAAUUAUUGUUAAACUAGUCGAUUAUCGAAAUAAAAAAAUACAAGCGAGGAGCCCACCCAAUUACAUUAAAAAUCCAUUCCAUUUUUGUUAAAUUGAGAUUGUUAACAUUAUACUUUAAGAUUUCUAUUUUAAUAAUAAUGAUAAAAAAUAUUAGAAAGUAAGGAAAAGUGCUCAUUCAGAAUAAUUCUUUGUUUGUUCAUAAUGCUUUCCAUUUUUCCCCCAUUUUUAUAUGCAAAAAUUAAGGCUAGUGAUUCACAUUAUGUUGUAAUUUAAGUAUGUAGUAAAACACAGAGUAUAAAUUUAAAAAAUAAAUGUAUUCAUAGAGAUAUAAAAAAUAAUUAUUUAUCAAAAGCAUUGAAAUCUUCAAUAUGUUAUGUUACUAAAAAUUAAUUUGUUGUAUCUUUAAGCUAGUGAGCUGUAAAAUUUUUUUCUUUUAAAAAAAUUCUUGUAAAUACAUUUAUAUGAUAAUAAAAAUUCAAUACAGUA